AUGGCAGAACCAUGCCAUGACCAACCCCCCGCAACAGAACUCUCGAAAGCAGAGCGCUUCAAAGCUACACACCUCGCCGCGCGCCAUGGCAACUACCACCAAUAUUACGCCAAAUUCCGGGCUCCCACCGUUCCAGACGAGCGCCUUUCCAUUCUCCCAUCAGAUAUCCUCCGCAACGCGCGAGUCAUAGACCUAGGCUGCAACGCGGGCAAAUUGACCCACGAGGCGAUAGCGCACUGUGGCGCAGCUGCCGCAGUCGGCGUCGAUAUCGACCCGUGGCUGGUCGAGCAGGCGAAGGCGGCGUACCCGGACGGACCGUGCACAUUUGAGCACUUUGACUUCGUGGAUGCGUCCGCGUACACUGGUACUGCGCUCGGCAAGUUCGACGUUGUCUUGCUGCUUUCUGUGACCAAGUGGAUCCAUCUCAACAACGGGGACCCCGGGAUGUUGACGCUAUUUGCGCACAUACACAGCAUACUGAAUGAGGGGGUUAUCUCGUCGUGGAGCCGCAGCCUAUGA